UUUCACGUUGGAGCGACUGGAAAUGACCAGCAGAACAACUGCGAAUUGUGUACAGAGACACACGAGAAUGUAAUCGGUUUGUAGAAAUGGAUGUCGAAUCUAGAUGGAGGGUUGUGCGGCAACGAAGGCUAUGCUUUAAUUGUUUAGGUCGUAGCCAUAGAAGCAACAAGUACCAAAAAACACAAAUGCUCUGCGACGAAUUGUUUGAAGAAAGUUCGAGAAUUGUUACACGCAGCCGAACAAAGAAAUGCAAAUGGAGCACGGCCUCAAGACGUAUCAAGGCAACCAGUGUUUACUAACGCGGUCGCUCAGCAACAAAACGUAAAUAUUAUUUUCAAAAUUUUGCCGGUGAAAUUAUAUGCGAAUGGUAGGGAGGUAACGUGUUACGCGUUUAUUGAUGAAGGCUCCGCAGUGACGUUGAUGAACAAAAGAUUGGCAGACCAGCUUGGCUUAAAGGGUAGCAAGGAAAAGCUGACACUGCAAUGGUUUGGCAACAAUUCCGUAACUCAAAUGGUUUUAUCAAGUAGUAUUAAGAUUUCAGGCUCUGAUCCAAAUAGCAGGCGAUUCUGCAUGAAGAGCGUUAAGGUCGUUGAGGACUUACAGUUACAAAGCAAACGUUGAAUGUGUCGGAGCUUCACUGGAAAUAUCGAUACUCGAAACAGCUACCACUUGCCAACUACGAAGCGGUGAUACCAGAGCUGUUGAUUGGUCUCGAUAGUGCGCAUUUGGGUGUGGCAAAGCGAGUUGCUGCUGAUGGAAGGCGUGGACCCACAGUGGUACUGACGAAAUUUGGUUGGGUACUUUAUGGUCCAAGCAAAGCAAACUCCACAUCUGUUAGUCACCAUUCCUUAUUUGUGCACAUCAGCAGCGAAUCGAAGCUGGAACAGCUAGUAGAGGACUUCAUUGCGAAUGACAAUAUGCAGGUUAGUGGCGUACACAAUCACGUAGAGAGCGCGGCGGUAGCGAGAGCCAACUAUUUACUCAACACAACGACGGGUCGCCUAUGGAAAAGUGAUGACGUGGUUCUCCCGGAUAGCAGGAGCAUGGCAGAGAAGUGGCUCAUGGCACUGGAGCGAAAAUUUAGCAACAAUACAGAUUUAUGAGAACAAUACAUGCAGGUUAUGGCUGAGUACCAGGAAAAAGCCUACGUAAGGCGUUUGAGUGAGGCGGAAGCACAGCAGCGGGCCCGAAGAACCUGGUACUUACCACAUUUUGGAGUGCGCAGCUUAAACAAACCAGAAAAGCUGCGAUUAGUAUUUGACGCUGCAGCUGAAACAGAUGGCGUUUCUCUAAAUUCAGCCCUGCUAAGCGGACCUGACUUGGGUCAACCGCUAACGAUGGUUUUAAUGAAAUUCAGGCAGAAACCAAUUGGAGUUUGUGCAGAUGUGGUAGAGAUGUUCCAUCAGGUGCGGAUACAACGCCAGGAUCAAGAUGAACAACGGUUCCUGUGGAGAAGGAAACCAGCGGCACCCGUUGUGGACUACGUGAUGACGGUGAUGACAUUUGUUCGCCAUGCUCAGCCCAGUUCGU